AUGGAACAGGACAUCAUCGCGGAAAGCUCAAAUCACACCCACUUCGGAAGAUUUCGAGAUAGUCAUCGUCUGUCGAGAUCUUCAGAAUCCGCCCAAAGCGAAUAUGGUUCCAUAUACAACGCUCUCAAAGCAAGCUCCUCCGGGACGGAGGACAACAACGGCCGACAGUACGCCUCCAGCCAGCACCACUAUCCGUUCCAAAGCAGCGACCUAGGCGGCAAUAUAGCUAUGUUCCUCUCUACCUCUCCGAAACCCACCGUUGUCGAACACCCUACAACGCCCAGGAGGACGAGAUCGCGCUGGCGGCGAUCUCAUACCCUGCCCGACAAUUGGUAUCCCUCGAAGGCGAAGACAAUAGACCCUAUAGCAGAGUUAUUCAAGGACGCAAAAGCAAAAGCAAACAAUCUUUGUCGCCUGGGACACCGCAGGGCCGCCAGCCUCAGUGAUGCGGAUGACAGGUCGAGAACACCAAGAUGGGCAGCGAAUCUCUUCUCGCCUGUAAGACCGUUUCUUCCUCGAUAUCCCCCUCCUGCUAGGUCGCCUACACCUCCUGGGGUCCCAUCUUUUGGCUCCCCGGAAGCUAUAAACUAUUCGAGACAAUUUUCUGUCCGGUCUUAUGCUCCCAGUCCGCCCCCGGAAAGGACACCCAGCAGACGUGCAACAGAGUACGCACAUACACUGCGAAGGCUUUUCGGGAUUGCUUCGCCUGUCGAUCCACAACCGAACAGACGCCAGACAUACACCCUUGCAAGGGCCGAGGAUGGGACAACUGUCCAGGGUCGUUUCCCAUAUCGAGCGAGCGGGCAUGGCGUGAAUCUCUACAGGCAAUUGGACGAUCAUCCAUUCCAUCGAGCGGUUUAUCCCGUGCCCGAACUGGAGGUUUCCCAUUUGGAUGAUAGGUUUAAUGCUGGGAUUCAGCCGUUACGAAGGGAGCAUCAAGAUGUCGCCAAGAGUCGUUAUUCUACGCCAGCUGUGCCUCACAGGGUACACUCAAGCCAAGUAUCGAGGUCACGCCAUGCACACCCGCCACUAAGAUCGUCCUCGCAGAGGCAUCGUCCGUCAGUCACGUUUCUUGCUUCGCCUGCAAAUACCUCAUACUAUAGCUGCAUGUCCCAGCCACGAACCGGUGUCACGGUGCCAGCAGUUGAUGGCGAGAUUGGCCCUUCGAGGACUGGCAGAGCCAAUAGCCCUCCUAGGGGUAUGCUCUAUCAGCAGCAACCACAAGUGCAAGCUACUCGACCCAUGAGUAUCCUGACCGCAAGCACCACUCGCGAUACGCAAGGAACGAUGAGCUUCUGGACGCGCUACGAACUGCUUUCUCACUAUCUUCCCUGCUGCUGCUUGGCGCCAACUGGCGAUGACGACGAAGAUAACAAUGAGGAUGGGGCUACCAUUGGUGACGAUUCAAGAACUUCAAGAAUCUCGAGAACUUCACGGACAUCUGGCGAAACGUUCAUGACUGCGCGAAGCUGGGCUGACGACAAUCAAGAACGACCGCAGUACCGGCGCUCUCCACCAUCGAGACCUCCUCCGAAUACGUUUGCUGGUUGGAAUCCGGUCUUCAAAGAACGGUGUCCAAGACCGAUCCGGAGUCCUUUGGUGGCUGAUCCUAUGCUUGCUUAG